CCGACCGCCUCUUGCUCAGGUAGACGGGACAAACCGCGAAAGGUGAGAGUCAACCUAUCAUUGUUUGCUGCUAAUAUGUUAUUCUGUUGAAAUUGUUUGCGGCUUUUACUCGAGGUGAUUUGUUGUUGUUGCCAUGUAAGUUCAAAAAAGACGCCUAUGUUUGACCUAAAGCGGUGAAAUGUUGAGGUAAAUACAGAGGUUUGUGAACACGCAGCUGUAAUGAAUUAAUAAUCGUGUAAUAGUGUAGAUGUCCGUUAAUAUCUAGUGAUAAUUCAAACGCUAAACACUGAUGUAGGAACUCAUAGAGAGAUAGUUGUGUAUUUGAGUUAAAAAGGGGUUCUUCUGUCAAAAUCUAGCGUCAUGUUCGGCAGCUGCAAGUCUGCAAGUAAUGUCGAGCAGCAAACCGAGGGAAACUCCUCAGAACUUAACAUUUAUAUCCGUAAGCUACUGGAAGUUUAAUGAAGAUACAACCAGUCAUAUAAGUGCUUUGUAAUGCAGGAAGUUUACUUGUAGUAUUUAGGUAGUAGCUGACCAGUAGUCUGUACCAUUGAAGCUAAAAUUUUAAUGAUGGUAUUAAUUGACUUUAAUGACACAGUGAAGAACUGUUCAGCACCAAACAUGAACCUCUGAAUAAAAUAUAUAUAGCUGCCAUUUCAUUGAUUUAAAAUAAUUACAUGUUCCAUGGAGUGAAAUACUUUGUGUCUCUGUUGCAUGUAUUAGUUGUUUCAUAGUAUGAUUUGUUGUGGCCAUAAUUAUCAAAAAUGAGUUUUAUUCUAAUUUUUGUUCUUCACAUUUGACUUUUUGGGGAUAGGGGAGAGUGGGGUAAGUUGAGCCACCCUCUGUUGCUUGGAAAUGGUAAAAGAAAUUGAUCAUGUGACCAAAUAUUUAGGAGAUGGGCAUCAAUUAAUGGAUUAUGUGAAGGUUGAAAGCACAUGGGUGAAGAGGUUAGACAUUUAUUUACAAAAAAAAAAAACAUUUUUCACUCUUGAAAGUGAAUUUAGUCUGUCAUAAGUUUUAUUAGAAUUGUGUUCAGACCAAAGAAGAUCAUUGUAAAUUUGUUUUAUACAUCAAUUGUGGUAUCUAUGAGCUACAACAUGAGGUCAAAAACCUUGCAUAAAAGUCCACCAUCUUGGCUUAGAGGACUAAUAAAGUCAUGAUAGUAGUUCUUAGGUAAGUUGAGCCAGUGGCUCAACUGAGAAAGUAAAGGAGUCUGAUGAGAGGAUCAGAGUUUCAGUUCAGAUUGUUUAAAUCUAUUACUUUUUCUUUUCAAAAAUACAGCUGUGAAUGUUCUGAAUCACUUAAAGACAUUCUCAUGUUAAAAUGGCUUUUUACAAAACAGCUUAUUUGCAGUUAUAUGAAACAAAAGAAUUAUUGUACCUGUAAAGAAGUGACUGUUAUUUAGACAAGAGCGAAGGUGAGGGAGGGCUGGGGUAGAGAGUGGGGGUAGUAUGGAUACGGCUCAACUUACCCCGCUCCUAUGGUUAACUCACCACAUACACGGGGUAAGUUGACCAUAGGAGACCACUUUUUUUGGCAUGCUAUAUUAUCAAGACAGUUAUGUUCACACUCAUUCUGUUGGUUUGCAGGGAUACACAGCAUCUUGAAAUGUAUGCAGAUACACCAGUUAGAGACAAAACUAUGAUUGCCUUGAUGUUGUGAUCUGAAAUAUGAAAAAUGGCUCAUCUUACCCCUCUCUCCCCUACACAUAAAAUAGAGUAAUACAACUGACAGUAUUUUCUAUCUAACUGUACUUUAAAUCGGUUCAGAGUGGCAGAUGUAACUGUUUUUGUCCCUUUUUCUUUUUCAGUCAUCUCCUCAGACCUGCAGUCUCCUCACAUCUUCCAUCAUGGCGGUGAAUGGCUCAGCAGACAUCUUGAGCUCAGCUUAUCUGGCGGUGGAGUACGUCGAUGCGGCGCUGCCUGAAAACCCCUUCCAGCCCUCCCUAAAGCACGCCUGGGGUUACAUGCUGGACAACUACACCAAGUUCCAGAUUGCCACCUGGGGGUCGCUCAUCGUUCAUGAGUUCAUCUACUUCCUGUUCUGUCUCCCUGGUUUCCUCUUCCAGUUCAUGCCCUUUAUGCAGAAAUACAAGAUCCAACAGGUUUGUGUGGACUUGUUGUUUUGAAUCAAUUCCUCAAAACUUUGAAGAAUAUCCUGUCCACUUCCCUUCUGUCUGUUCAUGUCUUAGCAUGUGUGUGUAUUUAUUGUGCGCAGGACAAACCAGAGACGUGGGAGAAACAGUGGAGAUGUUUCAAGAUGCUGCUGUUUAAUCACUUCUGUAUCCAGCUGCCUUUAAUCUGCGGGACUUACUACUUCACUGAAUACUUUAACAUCCCCUAUGACUGGGACUCCAUGCCACGCUGGUGAGCGGAAGUGCAGUAAAACACACUGAAACAUGUAUUCACAGUAACCAGGCUGAAGAGUUAGAAGUUCUACGACGGACUCAUUUGCCACUGUUAUUAACAAGGAUUGAGUGUAGCAUAAUCGUGUUUUUUUCUUGUCAUUGGUGUUGUACCAAGUAAAAUUUAAUCGUCAUAAUUUUAUUUGGCCUUUAUUUAACCAGGUAAAACCCGUUGAGAUUAAGAUGUAUUUCACAAGAGGACCUGGCCAAGAGGUCAACAGCACAACCCAUAUGUGUGUCCUUGUUGAAAUGUUAUCUAAAGUCACCUGGUCACUCAGUGUCUCUCUCUCUCUCUCUCUCUGUUCUCCUGCAGGCCGUAUGUGCUGGCUCAAUGCUUCGGCUGUGCUGUUGUUGAAGAUACCUGGCACUACUUCCUACAUCGCCUGCUGCAUCACCGCAAGAUCUACAAGUUCAUCCACAAAGUCCAUCAUGAGUUCACUGUGAGUCAAACACGACAGGGGCCACAAGUCUUUUUUUCUCAAAACACGCUCUUAAAGCACUUCACUAUGGAUUAAUUUUUUCCUUUCUACUCUCACAUAAAAAACAAACCGACAUAUACCCAUGCAUAUGUGCCUGUGUCCACUGAAGCUGUUUGCUGCAGUGUUGCAGGUUGGGCUGUAAUACAGACAAAGGCCUGUGUCCACUUACAGUGUUCGUCCUUACACUCUCUUUAAUGCUCCUCAGGCCCCGUUUGGAAUGCAGGCGGAAUACGCUCAUCCCGCAGAGACCCUCAUCUUGGGAGCUGGUUUUUUCAUUGGCAUCAUGAUCUUCUGUAACCACGUGUUCUUCCUGUGGGCCUGGGUAUCUUUCCGCCUGCUGGAGACCAUUGAUGUCCACAGGUGGGGGAGAAAACCUUUUUUUUUUUACUGACAUCCCCUCUGCAAAAAUUCCAAACACAAAGCCUCAUUAGAUUUUUACUUUAAAUCUUUAGAGAAAAUAAACCAAGCAAACAGUGCAGCAGGUACUUCGUUGAUUAUAAAUAAUAGUGAGAGGCUAGUUGAGCUGCCAGUUUCUUGUUACCAGUCAGUAACUACUAAGGUCAACCACUAGAGGGCCUCAGAAAACACCAGAUGUUUGCAACACGUCAUGCUUCCAGGUGAUAACGUUCAUUUCUUCCAAUAUAUGUUUAUAAUUUUGAUGCAUUAAUAGUUUACUCUUAUAAACUAGAUUAAUGUAUUCUAAAGAUUUUGUGACUCCAGUGGUAGGAAACAAACAACUGCUAAACCUUUUUUUCAUCAGUGCAUUUCUUGUCUAUAUGUGUGUGUUUCAGCAGCAAACUUUGGAUGUUGCUUGAAAACCUUUGUGAAGAAAAUAAUAUUUCAUUCAUUAUCUUACUCAAUAUGACCCCGUAUUUCAGCUCAAAUCAAACAGGUCUUAUGGGCAUAUGCUGAUCAAAAAGAUGACAAUGCAAUGAAUAAUACACACACAUACAUAUAUAUGUGUGUGUGUGUGUGUGUGCGUGAUUAUACAAAAUUAUAACUCAGUUUCAAAAUAAAACAAGUUUUUUGUCAAUUGUCACAUUUAUGAUCAAUGAGUAUACAACUUAUAUAGCUCUGAAAUGUUACUAAAAUUCAAAUGAUUUAACAAGUAGGUUGUUGAAAAGAUACAUCUGGAGGGUUCGGAGUUUACCCAUCCACUGGGCAGCAAUAUGGGGACAGAAUCAUUAAUCAUCAAAUUAAUCAACUCUAUCCUACUCUCUCUAUUUUAUUUAUUUUUGGAUCAUAAAAACAGAUAUUUGUGAAUCAUUUGAUAUUAAACAGCUGACAGAAUUUAAAUAAUGUUUUUUCUUUUCACCCUCUCAGCGGUUAUGACAUACCUCUGAACCCGCUUCACCUGAUCCCGUUCUAUGCUGGCACCCGUUUUCACGACUUCCACCACAUGAACUUUGUCGGGAACUAUGCUUCCACCUUCACCUGGUGGGACAAGCUGCUGGGGACGGACAACCAGUACAACAAGUAUAUGCAGAAACAGGGGGGCAAGAAGGAGCAGUAAAGCCCUGAAUGCUUCUCUUUACACAAAAACACCUGGACUGCAUGGAGGAAAGCAGUUGAAUACACACACACACACACACACACACACACACACACACACACACACACACACACACACACACACACACACACACACACAUACAUACAUACAUACAAUGAGCACACAAACACUAUGCUGCUCCACGAGGUAUAUUUUACACACAAACAUACACACACACUUCAGGUUUACUGGGAUUAAUCAGACUGACAGUGUUUUGAAUCUGAAUCAGACGUCAAUCUGUCUUUGGUGCCUUCCUGCGAAUAGAAGCGUUGUUGUCUUCUUCUGUCAUCAGCAGCAGACUGAAUAAAAUCCAUCAACACCUUCAAUUUGAUUUGUUGCGUUGCUUUUGGGACAAAAUGAAUGAAAAAAUUGAACAGUAAGACCAAGACCGUCUUGUGAAAGGCUUCCUUGUACCUCUGAAUGUCUAAGCACUUUAGCACUUCCUCUUUCAUAGAGAUAAGUCACCAUGACUUUGUGUUGUAACUGCAGUUUUGUGGAAAUGGUUGAAACUCAGCGCUAACUUUGAGUCAGGCGUGUGUGCUGGGAGAGGGACUGGCUCAUAUGGCACUUUUUUUUAAGAUUGUAUGAAUCAAUAAAUGUUUUCAUCCUACAUAAAAACCCUGGAAUUUCA